AUGGGCCAGCCAAACAUAUCACAGAGCAAUGCGGCUGGAGCAUGCCCGACGGCCACCGCUUCGCCUUACAGAACAUCGACCACUACCUAUGCUACCCUUGCUCAGGAAUCCCCGCUAGUUAUUUACCCAGAUACCCGCCGACAAGACGAAGACCGAAAAGCUGAGAAUAAUCAAAUUCCCGAUGGAGGUCUCGUUGCCUGGACCCAGGUUCUGACCGGACAUCUAGUUGUGUUCAAUGUAUGGGGCUAUAUUACAUCAUACGGAUUUUUCCAGGAAUACUACGUCAAAAAUCUCGACGUGAGCCCAGCGAAUGCAUCUUGGAUCGGAGCGGUGCAGAUGUUCCUAGUCCAUUUCCUGGCCACUUUCUCAGGCCGAGCAAUGGACGCGGGCUAUCUGAGACAAUGCAUCGCCCUUGGGUGUCUCUUACAGGUUGUCGGAGCAUUGGCAACCUCCUUUGGCACAAAGUUAUGGCAUUUUUGGCUAGCGCAAGGUAUCAUCAGUGGAAUUGGACACGGCCUGGUCUUUAGCCCCAUGAUUUCGCUGUAUGCGACAUACUUCAGCUCUAAGCGAGUGAUGGCUGUUUCGCUGGCUUCUUGCGGGGCAGCGACUGGAGGGAUGAUUUUCCCAGUGGUCGCUUAUAAAUGUCUCAACAAUAUUGGUUUCGCAUGGACUGUCCGGGUUAUGGCGGCCAUUAUCCUGUUCAACAGCGUUAUAAUUGUCAAGUUUACCAGAUCUCGGAUUAUACCUCGGAGCCCUCCUCCCUGGGUGGAUUUUAGUGCGUUCCGUGAACGCCCUUACCUCCUUUUUUCGAUCGGCUCAUUCUUGAUCUUCGAGGGUAUUUACUUUGCAUACAUUUAUAUUAGACACUUUGCCCAGACUCACACAGGUUUCACCGCAUCCGACUCACUUCUCCUUCUAAUCCUAAUGAACGGUGUGGGUGUUCCGUCUCGCAUUGCAUCUGCAUUCAUGGCAGAUCGGUGGCUGGGCGCUAGUCAAUUGCCCGCUGCCAAUGCGUACUUUGGGUCUAAAGAUCCGGAGAAAUCUGGCACACGUGUUGGAAUGAUCACCACGAUCAAUAGUAUUCCACUACUGACUGGGCCGUAUAUAGCAGGGCAGCUCAUUGCGUUACGGGGAGGGGAUUACCUUUUUCUCCAACUCAUCUCCUCGCGGGCCUUCUCCACCAACGGAGCAUUACACAAGAUGGCCCUCAGGCCUCUCCAUUACCACCUUCCAUUGUUCCCGGGUUUCCAACUACUUGAUGUGGCGGCUCCACUGGACAUUCUCAACAUUCGUACGCAGUACCCUGACACAUCAAACAUCACCCUGACUGUAUCAGCCGCAACUCUCGACCCAGUCUCAGUGAAACCAAUCCCACCUGCCAAGGCAAAAUGGCGAUUUGAUCUGCCUGUCUCAAACAUCAAUACAGCCUGCAACCAGCAAAUGUUGCCACAAUGUACGUUUGCUGACGUGAUCUCUUCUCUGAAAGCGGGGAAAGUUGCCGACGAUGGAAGUGGUGAAUUCAAACCCAUCGAUGUGUUGAUCAUCCCAGGUGGCCCGGGGACACGUCUGAACCGUAUUUACGACACUGAAGGUACAUGCGAUGAAGUAAAAGUCUCCAACAUGCAGGAGGUUCGGGACUUUCUGGCUGCUGUUGCGCCUUAUGUCCGCCACAGCAUCAUUACUGUUUGCACAGGCAGCCAUGUCCUCUCACAAACUGGACUUCUAGAUGGACGCCAGGUUACAACCAAUUCAGCUCGCUACGAAGAUGUCACUAAACAAACGAGCGAGGUGAAGUGGCAGCGCAAUAGACGGUGGCUGCGUGAUAUUGUUCCCAAGGAUAAGGUGUCCGACGGCCUGUCAUUGCUACCUGGGAUUGAGAUAUGGUCAUCUGCUGGAAUUACUGCUGGGAUUGAUGUAAUGUUGGAGUUUAUUUCGGUACAUUAUGGUGGUAUCGAAGUCGGGAUGGAGACUGCGAAGCGGAUGGAGUAUCGCUGGGAGCGAGAGAAGGAGGCUUCUUACUUCUUGUGA